AUGGCGUCCGGCCCUAGUUUUCAUUGGGCAGAUUACCUUAUUUUCAUACUGGUUCUUGUAAUAUCAACUGCCAUUGGAAUAUUCUUUGCCUGGCGGGACCGGAAGAAGCAAAAUGCAGCCGAUUUUCUACUUGGAGGUAGAAAAAUGGGGAUACUUCCUGUUUCUUUAUCGCUCAUGGCUACUUUAUUGUCGGCUGUAAUGGUGUUGGGAGUUCCGGCGGAAGUGUACUAUAACGGCGCUAUCUACUGGUUGAUUUUGUUCUCGAACAUCAUUGUAUAUCCGGUUGCGGCACACAUGUUUCUCCCAGUUUAUCACAACCUUGGCAUCACCAGCGCAUACGAGUAUCUGGAGAUGAGAUUCAAUCCCUUGGUGCGCAUUCUCGGCUGCAUUGUCUUCCAGAUUCAAAUGACGCUGAGCAUGUCAAUGGGACUUUUUGCUCCGGCUAUAGCCCUCAAUCAAGUAAUGAACAUUGACAUGUUGAUCUCUAUUCUUGUUAUUGGGGCUAUCUGUACAUUCUACACAGCCAUAGGAGGCCUGAAGGCAGUCAUGUGGACAGAUACAUUUCAAAUGUUAAUUAUCAUGGGUGGUUUCAUAGCUGUGCUAGUUCAGGGCUCGAAUGAGGUUGGAGGUUUUAAUGUCAUUUGGGAAACCGCUAAAAAUGGGAGUAAACUGGAUAUAGGAAAUUUUGAUCCCAGCCCUCUGGAGAGACACACGUUCUGGACUCUGGUUAUUGGUGGCGGUAUCACAACAUUGACAGUGUACGCCGGGAACCAGGCCAUGAUUCAACGCUAUCUCAGUAUGGAAUCCAUCAAAAAAGCUCAAAUAGCCCUUUACCUACAGUUACCCGCUGGAGUAAUAGUAACAACAAUAUUUGUGUAUGCCGGACUACUUUUAUUCGCCAAAUAUCCAGUUGACCCAAUGUCAGACUGCACAAUAACACUCCCAGAUCAGUUGAUUCCUUGGCUAGUGGUUGACGUUUUAGGAGAUUUGCCUGGAUUACCAGGCGUUCUACUGGCAUGUAUCUUUAGUGCAUCUCUCAGCACGGUAUCGUCUGGUAUCAACGCAAUAUCUCUUGUAUUCAUGGCAGAUAUAGUUCAACCAGCUUAUAUGAAUCUGAAGGGAAAAGCUAUUACAGAACCGAAAGCAACUAUUAUCUCAAAGAUUAUAGCAUUUAUAAGUGGCGGCGUCACAAUUGGACUGGCAUUUAUCGCCGAGCUGUUCGGAGAUUUGAUACUUCAAGUAGCUCUGAGUAUAUACGGCAUGAUCGGUGGACCAUUACUCGGUCUGUUCGUCUGUGCUAUGUUCAUACCAAUGGUGAAUGAAUGGGGGGCGGUAAGUGGACUGAUAGUUGGUCUUGCCAUGUCAUCAUGGCUUUCUGUCGGCUCUAUCAUUAUGGCAAAUGACAAUAGGCCUCCAUCACCCGUGUGCGCGGCAUCAGAUGGAGUCAUCGCCAAUAUGACUAAUAUGACGUCAGUAAUGACGACAGUUACCACAACAGUGGUGUCCAAUGUUACAGGUCCUGUUGAAUUGGAAACUAUGAGUGCCUUUGCCGUGUGUGUGGUUAUCAUAGUGGCUGUUCCAGUCAGUUGUCUCACAGGCGGAACACGAAAGAAACCAGUAGAUCCAAAAUUAUUAUCGCCGUUCUAUCACACAAUAGUGAGCUUUUCUUCGAUCAUGGGCAAAGACAGCGAUUAUAAGGAUCACAAUGGAUUGUUUAGCGAUGCCCAUGACUACACGGUAUAUGCCAUAAAUUCGGACAGAACGUCGGAGAAAGGGCUAAUGAACAACAUUUACUCCACAGGUUAUGCUACUAAAAUGUAG